CUCACGUUUUCCCGCCUUUUUCUCCCCUCAUGUUUUCCCACCAUUUUUCCUGUCAUGGCUGCCUCUUCUCCCUGUCCCCUCAUGUCUUCCCUCCAUUUUGUCCCCUCAUGGCGUUCUUCCACCCCCAUCCCCUCAUGGCUGCCUCCCCUUCCCCACCUCCUCCAUCUUCUCCCCUCAUGGCUCCCGCCAUUUUGUCUCCUCACAAUUUUCCACCAUUUUCUUUCCUUCAUGGCUUCCCUGCCUCCUGUCCCCUCACAGUUGGCCGCCAUUUUCUCCCCUCACGAUUUUCCGCCAUUUUCUCCCCUCAUGGCUGCUCCUCUUCCUCAUCCUCUCCCCUCACGGCUUCCCUCCAUUUUGUCCCCUCACAGUUUGCCACCAUUUUUCCUCUCAUGGCUGCCCCUUCUUCCUCUUCCCUCACAGGUUCCCUCCAUUUUUUCCCCUCACAAUUCCCCACCAUUUUCUCCCCUCAUGGCUUCCCUUCUCCCUGUCCCUUCACGGCUUUCCUCCAUUUUCUCCCCUCAAAGUUUGCCACCAUUUUCUCUCCUCAUGGAUUCCUCUAUUUUUUACUUUCAUGUCUUCCCUUCUCCCUGUCCCCUCACAGUUCGCUGCCAUUUUCUCCCCUCACAAUUCCCCACCAUUUUCUUUCCUUCAUGGCUUCCCUUCUCCCUGUCCCCUCACAGUUGGCCGCCAUUUUGUCCCCUCACGAUUUUCCGCCAUUUUCUCCUCUCAUGGCUGCCCCUUCUUCCUCUUCCCUCACGGCUUUCCUCCAUUUUCUCCCUUCACAGUUUGCCACCAUUUUCUCCCCUCAUGGAUCCCUCCAUUUUCUUUCCUUCAUGGCUUCCCUUCUCCCUGUCCCCUCACAGUUGGCCGCCAUUUUGUUCCCUCACAGUUUGCCGCCAUUUUUCCCAUCAUGGCUUCCCUUCUCCCUCUCCCCUCACGACUUCCCUCCAUUUUGUCCCCUCACAGUUUGCCACCAUUUUCUCCCCUCACGGCUUCCCUCCAUUUUGUCCCCUCACAAUUCCCCGCCAUUUUGUCCUCUCCGUGUGCACCCCAUGGAUUCUGCCUCAUUUUAAUAAAAUAAUGACUUAAAAUCCUUAA